GAAAGUCUCGAAACUACACUACAAUGUAGGUGUUACAAUUGAUGGGAAAAAGAAAUGGUGAAAAAAUAAAUUUGAAAAUAUGAGUUUCAACACUUAAUCCUUUCAGUUUUACUUUGACAGUAGCGUCGUUGUUUAUAUAUAACGCUUGGCCUUAUAACGACAUAUUAUGGUUAUACACCAUAUCUAUGAUAUACACUGUCUAUUCUAUCUGUCAAAGAUACAAUAACAACUAAUAACAUACUCCCAAUAGUCUUUAUUUAAUUAGAAUAAAAUUGAUUUGUAUUUAUAAUACUGAUAUUAGAAAAGAAAUCAUAUUUUUAGCCUAAGCUGAAAACUAGAAGUGCUUCUAUUUUCUGAAAAUAGCAAAAAUUAUUCAAUAUGACUUCUAUGUUUGAACAAUUUGAACAACCAGAUAUGAAAACCAAAAAUGUUCCCUCAGCUGAAAUGAGUAUGUCUGCAUAUAUAAAUGUUUCAUUGGAACAAGAGGCACCUAUUUUUUCAAAAAGUAAAAAGGAUUUCACACCUUCUGAAAGAAUUACACAUGUUGCAAUUGCCAAUAAAUACCUCAUCAUUGUUAUGGCAAAUAGUGUAUUAUUUAGAAUGAAUUUAAACAAUCCACAGCAAACCUCUGAAAUUUCUUUAUCAAAAUAUACAAGCACCACUAAAAUUACAAAUCUUUUUUUGGAUCCGACUGGAAAUCAUCUGCUUAUAACAUUUGUUGCAAAAAAUGAUGGAGGAAGUGGUCCAGAGAUUCUUUAUUUGUCAAAAAAAUUAGAUAAAGUGAGAACAACCUCAAAAUUUCGGGGUAAUGAUUUUACAGCAGUGGCAUGGAAUCCACUCAAUGAAUCAGAAAAUACCACUGGACCAAUUUUAUUAGGUACAUCUAAAGGAUUAAUAUUUGAAACUGAAAUUACUUUGGAAGGAGAAAAGUUCUUCACUUCAAGUUUUUCAUCGAGUCUGGAACAAUAUUGGCGGCAGCUGCCACAUUAUUUACCCUUAUAUGGAAAUAGAGAUGAGGAUGGCUUGAUAUUUGACAUUGGUAAAGGUACUGAUACUCCAAUAAACAAUUUGGAAUUUCACAAACUUCCCCGACAAGAUAAAUACGUGGUAAUAGUGACAACGCCGUCUAGGUUUUAUUAUUUUACUGGUUCAGUAAAUUCAGAAGACAAACCAAUUUUACAACAAGUGUUUAAUAAAUAUUUGAAUGUUCCCGAAAAGGAUACUUACAUGGAAUGUAAAAACAACAAUAACUUGUCCAAAUUGCAGUUGUGGUCCGAAAAUUUAAAUACCCCGGAUUCUUUUGCUUGGAUAACUGAAGAAGGUAUAUCUUUUAGUCAGAUCGACAUUUCUACAGAUAAUAUAGAAUCAAUUAGUUUGAAGACGAACUUUAUUUCAUACCCGAAAUCUAUUUACGAAGAUUCGGUACUUAAAAAGUUUCCUAUAGCAGUGGCCCUCACCCAAUUUCACAUACUUUUAGCUUAUACAGACUCGGUGAAAGGAGUUUGUCUAUUAAACCAAGAAAUAGUUUACGAGGAUAAUUACAAUGAAGCGUUCGGUAGACUCAUCAAUCUAAUCAAGGAUGUUAGAACCGGUGAUAUUUGGGCAGUAACGGAAAAUUCUGUAUUUCGUUUUAAAGUUACCAGAGAAGAACGAAACAUAUGGCAAAUAUUUUGCGAUAAAGGAGAAUUCGAAUUGGCGAAAAAAUAUUCCAAAAGUAAUAUACAAUGUUAUAACCAUGUUUUGAUUAAAGAAGCCGAUAAAUUGUUUGGUGAUGGUAAAUAUGAACUUAGCGCCCAAAGGUAUGCAGAAACUGAAUGCAAACUUGAAGAGGUCUGUUUAAAAUUCAUAGAAGCUGGACAAAGUGAUGCAUUAAAAAUGUUUUUAAGGUGUAAGAUGAAUAUGUUGAAACCUCAGGACAAAACUCAAAUAACUAUGAUAGUAUUGUGGGUUAUGGAACUCUAUUUGAUAAAACUGGAAGAAGGACGUUUACUAGGUAUGGAAGAGUCAACAGCUUAUGUGGAAUUACAAAAAGAGCUUGACAAGUUUAUAGCGAUGGACGAAGUAUCUAAUUGUAUUAAAAAUAAUAAAAGCACUGUAUACAAUUUGUUGAGUAGCCAUGGCGAUAAAACAAAUCUCCUAAAACUCACUAUAAUCAAUAAAGAUUUUGAACAGAUAAUUCAACAACAUAUAUUCAAGAACAAUUUUCACGACGCUCUAGAGGUACUAAAAAGUCAGAAAAACUAUGCUCUGUACUAUCAUUUCACCCCAAUCUUGAUGCAAAUGAUUCCUAAACAUAUGGUAAAAGUUAUAAUAGAACAAGGAAAAAAAUUGGCACCACUCAAACUUCUUCCAGCUAUGGUUACCUGUAACAGUGAAUUUCACGCCAAAGAAAUAAUACACUAUUUAGAAUUUUGUAUCGAUAAAUUGAAGAAUACCGAUAAAGCUAUCCAUAAUUUCUUGAUAUCUUUGUAUGCGAAAUAUGAUUCAGAAAUGCUCAUGAAAUAUUUGGACUCGCAAGGACAAGAACUUUCUUUGGUAAAUUAUGACAUUCAUUAUGCGUUGAGACUGUGCCACGAACAUAAGCAGGACAAAGCGUGCGUUAAACUUUUUGGAUUAUUAGGUAUGUGGAAAGCGGCCGUCGAUUUAGCACUCACCAUAGAUAUCGAUUUGGCCAAAACGAUAGUUAAUAUGUCUCCCGAAGAUGAUUUCGAAUUGAAAAAGAAACUUUGGCUCAAAAUAGCCGAACAUUUAGUAAAAAGUACAGAAGACAUACAACAGAUAAUGGAAUUUAUGCAACAAUGCGAGUUUAUUAAAAUAGAAGACGUUUUACCAUUUUUCCCCGAUUUUGUUACAAUCGAUUAUUUCAAAGACGCUAUAUGUAAUUCGUUGAAGGAAUAUAAUCAGAACAUUCAAAAUUUGAAAGAAGAAAUGGAAGAAGCUACGAAAUCUGCCAAACAAGUUAGAGAAGAAAUAGAAGCAUUUAGAAAUCAUCAUACAAUAAUCAAUACUUCAGAUAAUUGUGAAGUUUGUAACAAAAUGUUGCUCAUCAAAUCUUUUUAUAUGUUUCCGUGUCGCCAUAUGUUCCAUAGCGAUUGUCUCUUAACUGAACUGUCACCAUUUUUAGGUCCAGCUAAAAGGAAUAGACUGUCUGAUUUGAAUAAACAGCUUAGUUUGUAUAAUAAUCAGUUUAAUCUUGACAAUUUGAGCACUGGAUCUACGGGAAUGUCUCAUAGAGAACAACUCAGAGCUGAAAUCGAUAAUAUUCUGGCAUCGGAGUGUCCAUAUUGUGGAGAAAUUAUGAUUAAAAAUAUCGACCAACCUUUUAUAGAAGAUCAUGAAUAUGAGAUGAUCAUGAAAGAAUGGGAAUAAAAUUAUUUUGAUAUUAAAAUUGAAAAUGUAUAUAUUGGAAGUUUGUAAUAUCAUACCAAAAUUGGUUUGUACGAAAUUUUGAUGGAUAAUAAAAUUCCUCGGUAUAUUUAGAGAUAUCACCCCUAAAGGGUGGUGAGUGAUAUUGAGUUUUAAUUAA